AUGCCGCCCGAGGAUGGGAUGCAAUUAUCAGGUGUAUCGUGCGGCGGGCAGUACCAACGAGCCGAGCAAGGGGGCAAGAGGCAUCAGAUAGCAGGACUCCCUGCUACGGGCUGCCGUCCACCGCCGAACGCAGUACAAAUCACUCCCAUCCCUUCGUCUCUCAUCGUCGUAUCCUUCCCGGCACAUAUCCUCCUCGCAGCCAACAGCACGCUACCCUACUCUUCUAGAACAUUCACCGGGACUCUCCGUCGCUUGAUGAGGAAGAGUCUCCCUCAUUCCCAGUCCAGCCACGUCAGCCUUUCACCUCGAGACGAGGGUCUUUACUUGAGCGCUGCCAAAGUCACUAUCAAGCAUAUACCCAUACCGGUAGUCAAUUUGAGGUGGCAUGUAGCAUGGGAGGAGACAAGGCAGGGGAAGGAGGAGAAGAAGGGCCUAGCCGGCGAGGGAGUGAGUGCUCUGCGACACUUAAUGUUCACUCCGCUUUUGCGCUUCCCUGAUAUACCUACAGCCUUCGAGAUGGUCACCGAGUCCUCCCCAGCCUCAUUUCAGCUCCAGCCGCCCAUCGACGGAAAGAUCUGA